AUGCAGAAGCAGGCGGUAGAAAACAGCUACGUGCUCGCGCCGGAGUACAAAAACAAAUUUAGGCAACCAACGGUCAAGGAGAUACUGAAGGAGAUUUUGAACGACAAGCUGCAAGGGGUCACCUACCACGCAGAAGGGUCAAAUGUGCUGGCGAAGCAGGUAUGAUAAGGUCAUGUGUGCUGUAGCAUACAUCACAGAUUGCAGGUCCCGAUUUUUUUACUAGCGUAGAGAAAUAGCAGAGAAAGCUGUUCCUGUAGUGCUGAUGAAUUAUAGAAAACCAAACAAUCCAACACCAGGUGGCAGACGAGAUAAAAGAACGACUAAGAGACGAACAGCAGGCACAGCGAUUGGAUUCACGAUACAAAAUCGUUACACAGGUAAUUACACCACUCAAACACAAACCUAUGGUUAUGAUUUGCAUCCACGAUAAUGCAAUGGCAAUUCAUGUUUAUUUGUUGUGCUUUUGCUUCAUAUCUUCUUCACACUUCUUCUUGGGACUUCAACAACCACAUCACGAGGUAUUUAUCCUGGAGCAGCGAGGGCAGGGUGUGCGGAUCGGCCACCGGGCUUUCUGGGAUGAAGAGACGGACUCUUUCGCAACGGAGAGUUUUUCAAACGAUCACAUCUUCUGCGUCGCCACCGCCUACGGAAUCUACUUUUACUAGAGGAAGGACUGGCUGUGGUUGUACAGUACGAGCGCUCUCGAUGUCUGCGGAAGGGGGAAGAUAACUGCUCAGAAGUAGUCGCACGUGACUCGCAUACUUCCGAUAGGCUGUCGAUCAAAAAUGUGAACAAUUCAAUCAUAAGCGUGGUUUUUAUUGAAGACCAUUGAUCUGAGCUUUAAGUUUAAGUUUAACUAACUUCAAAGAAUUGUGCAGCUGCCAAAGUGCCAAACGAUCAGAAAAAAAUACGCAGAGAAAAAGCAGCUGCAGUGCGCAUGCGUUUGCGUUUGCCAUGAGUAGAUAUUUCAAUAAAAGGUCGG